AUGCUGCACGCGGCGCAGCAUGAGCUGGCCAACGAGGCGGCCGACACGCAUUGGAGGCUGCUGCGCUGGCCGCUGGACCUGGCGGGCGAGCUGAGCGAGGUGCGCAGCCAGCUGGCUCGAUGGCGCGGACGCUACUUGUCGCAGCUCAAGGCCGACAGUGCGGCACUGGUGGCAGACCUGGCUGAGCUGCAGGCGGAAGUGGAGCGGUUCGUGACGCUGGGCGACCUGAAGCAGGUCGACGACCGCAUGGCCACCGUGCUGGACAUCGACAGCCGGCUCAAAUCAUAUCAGGAUCUCGCGGAUCUGUACGGCAAUCGGGAGGAGAUUUUUGGGCUGCCGCGCUCGGAGUACCCGGUGCUGGAGGAAAUUCGCAAGGUGUUCACUCCCUCCGCCGACUUAUGGCGCAUCGCCUCCGAGUUCAUGCGUUCGCUGCCCGAGUGGCUGGACGGCCCCUUCACGGAAAUCGACGCGGAGACAGUGGCGGCCGAUGUGGACCGAUGGUGGAGAGCUACCGCUAAGCUGGCUAAGCAACUGGACAAGGAACCCGGGGAGGUGGUGGCGGCGGUGCGGGCCAAGCUGGAGGACUUCCAGGUCCAUCUGCCGCUCAUCACCGCCCUUCGCAACCCCGGCCUCCGCGACCGGCACUGGGAGCGCAUCUCCACAGCCGCGGGCUUCCCCGUGCGUGCGGAUGCGGGCUUCAGCCUCAGCCGGGCGCUGCAGCUGGGGCUGCCCAAGCACCUGGUGGCCAUAGCGGAAGUGGCCGAGUACGCGAGCAAGGAGUACUCCUUGGAGAGGGCUCUGGACAAGAUGCAGGCAGACUGGGCGGGUGUGGUGUUCGACACCAUGCCCUGGCGCUCCACCGGCACCACCAUCCUGCGUGCGCUGGACGAUGUGCAGAUGCUGCUGGACGACCAGAUCGUCAAGACGCAGUCCAUGCGCGCAUCGCCGUAUAUCGGGCCGUUUGAGGAUCGCGUGCGGCUGUGGGAGGCUAAGCUGUCACUCACCCAGGAAACUCUCGACCAGUGGCUGCGAUGCCAGCAGGGCUGGCUGUACCUGGAACCAAUUUUUGGAUCGGAAGACAUCAUGCAGCAGAUGCCCAACGAAGGUCGCAAGUUCAAGGCUGUGGACCACACCUGGCGACGGACCAUGGAGAAGCUGUCCAAGAACGCCGAGGUGCUCACCACUUGUGCAGAUGACGAGCAACUCAAGGCCCUCUCCGAGGCCAACAAGCUGUUGGAGCAGGUGACCAAGGGCCUCAACGAUUACCUGGAGACCAAGCGUCUCGCCUUCCCGCGCUUCUACUUCCUGUCCAACGACGAACUGCUGGAGAUCCUGUCCGAGACCAAGGACCCCACCCGGGUGCAGCCCUUCCUGCGAAAGAUCUUCGAGGGCAUCAACGGGCUGGAGUUCCAGCCCGAUGGUCAGGUAGCCGCCAUGUUCAGCGAGGAGGGCGAGAAGGUGACCUUCAAGGACAAGUUCAACCCGCAGGACUCGCAGGGCAAUGUGGAGCGCUGGUUGAUCGAGUGCGAGCUUGCCAUGCGCACAACGCUCAAGGACACCAUCCGCCGGUCUCACGGCGACUACGCCAAGAGCAUGCGUAUCAACUGGGUUACCUCCUGGCCGGGUCAGGUCGUCAUCUGUGUGGACUGCAUGUACUGGACCAAGGAAGUGGGGGACGCCAUCAGCAAGGGCACGCUCAUGGACUACGCACAGCAGUGUACCGACGAGCUGAUGAAGGUGGUGAACAUGGUGCGCGGCAAGCUGACCAAGCUGGACCGCAAGACGCUGUCGGCGCUCAUCGUCAUUGACGUCCAUGCGCGCGACGUGGUGGUGGAGCUGGCCAACGCGGGCGUCACCGCGGAGAGCGACUUUGCAUGGAACAGUCAGCUGCGCUACGGCUGGGAGGGCGGAGAUGUAACUGUACGGAUGAUCAACGCGCAGAUUAAGUACGGCUAUGAGUACCUGGGCAACGGAUCCCGUCUGGUUAUCACGCCGCUGACGGACAGGUGCUACCGGACGCUGAUGGGUGCGCUUCACCUCAACCUGGGAGGCGCGCCGGAGGGUCCUGCCGGCACGGGCAAGACCGAGACCACCAAGGACUUGGCCAAGGCCAUCGCCAUGCAGUGCGUGGUGUUCAAUUGCUCUGAUGGUCUGGACUACCAGGCCAUGGGCAAGUUCUUCAAGGGCCUGGCCAGCAGUGGCGCCUGGGCCUGCUUUGAUGAGUUCAACCGCAUCGACCUGGAGGUGCUGUCCGUCAUUGCGCAGCAGAUCCUGACGAUGCAACGGGCCAAGGCCAGCGGCGUCAGCUCGUUCGAGUUCGAGGGCACCAAGCUCAGCCUGCGGCCGACGUUCUCGGUCUUCAUUACCAUGAACCCCGGAUAUGCGGGCCGCUCUGAGCUGCCGGACAACCUCAAGGCUCUGUUCCGUAGCGUGGCGAUGAUGGUUCCCGAUUAUGCGCUCAUCUCUGAGAUCAUGUUGUACAGCAGUGGGUACCUCAAGGCCCGCGACUUGGCGCGCAAGUUGGUGGCCACUUACAGGCUGUGUUCCGAGCAGCUGUCCAGCCAGUCGCACUACGACUACGGCAUGCGUGCAGUGAUGUCCGUGCUGAGAGCUGCUGCGGCCAACAAACAGCGAUCACCGGAUACGCUUGAGGACGUUCUGAUGCUUCGCUCCAUCAAGGAUGUGAACGAGCCCAAGUUCCUGGCUCCCGACUUGCCGCUGUUUGCGGGCAUCCUGUCUGACCUGUUUCCUGGGGUAGAUCUGCCCGCCACCGACUAUUCGGCUCUGGACGAGCGCCUCAAGACCAAUUGCGGCAAGCUGAAUCUGCAGCCUACCUCCGUGUUUCUGGAUAAGGCCCAUCAGCUCUACGAGAUGAUCCUUGUACGGCACGGUCUGAUGCUCGUGGGCUACAGCUACGGUGCCAAGACGUCCAUCUACCGGGCUCUGGCGGGCUCGUUGGGAGAUCUGGAGGCGGCAGGGCUCAUGGAGGAGCACCGCGUCCAGCUGCGCAUCAUGAACCCCAAGUCCAUCACCAUGGGCCAGCUGUACGGCCAAUUCGAUCCCGUCAGCCACGAAUGGAAGGACGGUGUCCUGGCAAAGCUGUUCAGGGAGGCCGCCAACGAGACCACUCCGGACCGCAAGUGGGUCCUGUUCGACGGCCCGGUGGACGCGGUGUGGAUUGAGAACAUGAACACGGUGUUGGACGACAACAAGAAGCUCUGUCUCAACAGCGGAGAGAUCAUCCAGAUGAGCGCCUCUAUGAACAUGAUCUUCGAGGUUCAGGACCUCGCGGUGGCCUCCCCGGCCACCGUAUCCCGCUGCGGCAUGGUGUAUGUGGAGCCACAGCAGCUGGGCUGGAGGCCGCUUCGUGACAGCUGGGUGGCCACACUGCCCGCCUGUCUAAGCGAUGACGCCAAGGCACACAUCAUGACGCUGUCCGAGUGGCUGGUGGACCCCUGCGUGGCCUUUGUCCGCAAGAACUGCCGUGAGCUGGUGCCCACCGCGGAUAUCAGCCUGCCCAACAGUCUGAUGCACAUCAUGACCUCCAUGAUGGACGAGCUGAAGGACCCCAAGCAGGUGGCCCAGAUGGGCUCACGCGAGGUGCUCAAACAGCUGGACGGCAUCUUUGUGUUCGCACUGGUGUGGUCGGUGGGCGCCACCACGGACACGGAUGGGCGAGCCCAGUUCAACGACUUUGUGCGCAAGCUGCUGGAGGGGUCGGUGAGUGCGCGGUCGCUUUCACAGAGAGAGAGAGAGGGAGGGAGGCUUUCGUUCACGGAGUUGUGGUGUGUGUGUGUGUGUGACGGUCUGGUGUACGACUACGUGUGGGACAAGUCCCGCGGCGCAUGGCGGCACUGGAUGGAGCCGCCGUCGAUCAGCGCCGCUGCCGCCGCCGCCGCCGCAGCUGAAGGCGGCGCCGCCGCUGUUACCCCCCUGGACGGCCCCAUUCCCGAGUCGGCGUCCUUCAAUGAGAUCAUCGUGCCCACUGUGGACACCGUGCGGUACACGUGGCUGAUGACUCUGCUGGCCACCCACGGGCGGCACGUGCUGUUCGCCGGGCCUACGGGUACCGGUAAGACGGUGUACGUCAAGGCGGCGAUCGAGGCCCUGGAUAAAGCGGCGGUGGGUGGCUUCUGGGCCACCAUUUUGCAUAUUAACUGCCAUGCAAAGCUGCGUGCUGUGCAAUGCAAUGGAUCUGACAUUAUCGAUAAUCGUCUGGACAAGCGGCGCAAGGGCAUCUUCGGUCCGCCCGUCGGCAUGCGCUGCGUCAUCUUUGUGGACGACGUCAACAUGCCGGCGCUGGAGGUGUACGGCGCCCAACCGCCAGUGGAGCUUCUGCGUCAGUUCCUCGAUCACAGCGGUUGGUACGACCGUACGGACAACACGUGGCGGCAGUUGGUGGACAUUCAAUUGGUGUGCGCUAUGGGGCCCCCCGGCGGUGGCCGCAACCCCGUCACCCCUCGCUUCCUGCGUCAUUUCAACCUGGUCGCCAUCACGGAGUUCGAUGACGCCACAUACACGCGCAUCUACGGGGCCAUCUGCGACUGGUGGUUCCGACGUGCCCGCAUUCCGGAGGAGGUUCGCGCCAAGGGCAAUGCGCUGGUGAAGGCCACCUUGGAGAUCUACAACACCAUCCGGGCCCAGCUGCUGCCCACCCCCGACAAGAGCCACUACACCUACAACAUGAGGGACCUGUCCAAGGUGUUCCAGGGAGUGCAGUCCAUCGGUGUUCCGGUUCCUGACGCCCGCGCCCUGACACGCCUUUGGGCUCACGAGACCCUCCGGGUGUUUCACGACCGCCUGGUGUCAGAUGAGGACAGAAACUGGUACUGCUCCCUGUUGAAGGACAUGGUGAACAAGCUGUUGGGCCUCAAGUUCGACAAUGUGUUUGAGCCGCCCGCCGGCAGCGGUCUGGCCAAGGGCGACGUAGCUAUCCUGCGCAACCUGCUCUACUGCGACUUCCAGGUACCGGGCGCAGACCCAGCCAAGUACGAUGAGGUCACCGACCUGCCCAAGCUGCUGUCAGUGGUGCAGGACUACCUCGCGGACUACAACGCCCAGUCCAAGUCCCGUAUGGAUCUGGUGCUGUUCCUGUUCGCCGCGGAGCACAUCUGCCGCAUCAGCCGCAUCAUCAAGCAGCCCUACGGCAACGCCCUGUUGGUGGGUGUGGGCGGCAGCGGCCGCCAGUCGCUCACUCGCAUUGCCACCUUCAUGGCCGACUACAAGCUCUUCACCAUUGAGAUCUCCAAGUCCUACACGGUGGUGGAAUGGCGGGACGACCUGAAGCGCGUGUUGCGGCAGGCGGGGGGCGCCGCGCAGCCCACCGUGUUCCUGUUCAGCGACACGCAGCUGAAGGACGAGUCGUUCCUGGAGGACAUCAACAACAUCCUGAAUACCGGGGAGGUGCCCAAUUUGUUCCCCAAGGACGAGCUGGUGACCAUCAUGGAGCAGGUGACCCCCCGGGCCAAGCGGGCCGGCAAGCCGCUCACCCCCGCCUCCCUGUACGCCUUCUUCGUGGACGCCUGCCGCGCCAACCUGCACCUGGUCCUGGCCAUGAGCCCCGUGGGCGGGGCCUUCAGAGAGCGGCUCAGGAAGUUCCCCUCGCUCGUCAACUGCACCACCAUUGACUGGUUCUCAGUGUGGCCGAGUGACGCGCUCAAGAGCGUGGCGUCAAAGUUCCUGAACUCCGUGGAGAUGGACAGCGCGGAGACCCGUGCCGCUGUGGAGGACAUGUGUAUGGAGUUCCACCUGACAGUACGGCACCUGGCCGAGGAGUUCAAGGCCGAUUUGGGCCGCCACUACUACACCACCCCCACCUCCUACCUGGAGCUCAUUCAGACGUACAAGGAGCUGCUGUCGGCCAAGAGAAAGCAGGUUCACGGUCUGAAGCGGCGCUACGAGGUGGGGUUGGAGAAGCUCCUGUCCGCGGAACACGACAUCGGGGUCAUGAAGGAGGAGCUCAUUGCGCUGCAACCCAAGCUCAUAGAGACCGGCAAGGAGGUGGAGGAAACGCUCAAGAUUGUGGAUCGUCAGACUCAGGAGGCUGAGGCCAAGAAGGUGGUGGUGGUGGGCGAGGAGGCGGUGGCCAAUGAGAAGGCCGCAUCCGCCAAGGCCAUCAAGGACGAGUGCGAGGCGGACCUGGCGGUGGCGCUGCCGCUGCUGGAGAGCGCGCUCAAGGCUCUUGACACGCUGACAAAGGCCGACAUCACGGAGGUCAAGGCAAUGAAGAACCCGCCAAAAGCUGUGAAGGUGGUGAUGGAGGCGGUGUGCCAGAUGCUCAGCAUCAAGCCAAAUAAGGUCAACGACCCCGCCAACCCGGCUCGGAAGAUCAACGACUACUGGGGCCCGUCGCAGGGCUUGCUGGCGGACACCAAGUUCCUGGACACCCUGAGGGCGUACGACAAGGACAACAUCCCGCCGCCUAUUAUCGCCGCCGUACGGCCGUACCUAGACAUGGACGACUUCGACCCGGCGGUUGUGAAAAAGGCUUCCGCGGCUGCGUAUGGCCUUUGUUGCUGGGUUCGUGCCAUGGAAGCGUACGACAGGGUGGCUAAGGUUGUCGCCCCCAAGAAGGCCAAGUUGGCUGAGGCGGAGGCGGAGUACAGCGAGCUGAUGGUGGGCCUCAAUGAGAAGAAGGCGGAGCUGGCAAAUGUGGAAGCGAAGCUGGCGGGGCUCAACGCGAAGCUGGCGGAGAUGCAGCGGAGAAAGGCGCAACUGGAAGCUGAGGUGGACUUAUGUGAGAAGAAGUUGGACCGCGCAACCAAGCUGAUUGGCGGACUGGGGGGAGAGAAGAGCCGCUGGACGGAGGUCGCCGCCAAGCUGGGUGGUGACUACGUGAACCUGACGGGUGAUGUUCUGCUGGCCUCCGGGUUCAUCGCCUACCUGGGUGCCUUCACUGCCGCCUACCGGGAGAGGGCCAGCAGCAGCUGGGUGGCGCUGUGCAGGGAGAGACACAUACCCUGCUCUGAACACUUCAAGCUGGUCACGGUGCUCGGUGAGCCUGUCAAGAUCCGCGACUGGACCAUCGACGGGCUGCCCAAUGACUCCUUCUCCAUUGACAACGGCAUCAUCGUGUCCAAGGCUAGACGCUGGCCGCUGCUCAUCGACCCGCAGGGCCAGGCCAACAAGUGGAUCAAGAACAUGGAGAAGAAAAAUAAACUGGAGGUCAUGAAGCUGUCCGACGGCGACUACAUUCGUCGUCUGGAGAAUGCCAUUCAAUUCGGUACCCCCGUGCUGUUGGAAAACAUUGGCGAGGAGCUGGACCCCACCCUGGAGCCCUUGCUGCUCAAGUCCGUGUUCAGGCAGGGCGGCGGGCUGUGCAUCCGGCUGGGGGAUGCCACCAUCGAGUACAGCGAGUCGUUCAAGUUCUACAUGACCACCAAGCUGCGUAACCCGCACUACCUGCCGGAGGUGUCCGUGAAGGUCACAUUGCUGAACUUCAUGAUCACACCCGAGGUGGGUAGUGGGCAGUGGGGGGGACAAAGGGGAAGGGGGGGGACAAGGGGGAGGGGGGGACAAGGGGGAGGGAGGGAGGGGGGGAGGAGAGUUGUGACCUCAGUGCACACCGCGAGGUGGGCCAUGGAGGACGAGACCGCCAUCAAUGUGAUCAGCUCCUCCAAGCAGCUCUCCAACGACAUUGCACAGAAGCAACAGAUCGCUGACAAGACCGAGCGCACCAUUGACGAGACCCGGUUGGGCUACAAGCCCGUGGCCCGUCACGUGUCUGUGCUGUUUUUUUGCAUCAGUGACCUGGCGGCAAUAGAGCCCAUGUACCAGUACUCCUUGCUGUGGUUUGUGAACCUGUUUGAGGACACCAUCGCGCGAGCUGAGAAGUCCAAGGACCUGACUCGCCGCAUUGAGGCCCUCAUCGCGCACUUCACCUACUCGCUCUACGUCAACAUCUGUCGGUCGCUGUUCGAGAAGGACAAGCUGCUCUUCUCCUUCUCGCUCACGGUGGCCAUCCGGGCGCACAUCAAGCAGGCGCUGGACCUCAGCCUGUUCCGCUUCCUGCUCACGGGCGGCAUCUCCACCGCCGAGGCCCCUCCCAACCCCUCAGACUGGCUGGCGGACCGCUGCUGGGCAGAAAUGGUUCGUCUGGCGGAGCACUGGGAGAUCUUCAGGCAGCUACCGGACAGCUUCAGGGAGGAUCCAGGGCCGUGGAGAUCCAUGUACGACAGCGCGGAUCCCACUCGGGUGCGCUUUCCUGAGCCCUGGCACUCAAAGCUGGACUCGUUCCAGAAGCUGCUCAUCAUUCGUCUUAUCCGCCCUGACAAGCUGGUGGGCGCCAUCCAGAACUACGUGCUGGACACCAUGGGACAGAAGUUCAUUGAGCCGCCGCCCUUCGACCUCGACAGAUGCUACCAGAACCAAAUAAAACCAUCCCCAACCCUAAGCCCGCAACUACUGCCUAUAUUAUUGCCCUAUGCCUCCGAAAUGCCGUGUGUCGUCCUUUUCCCGCACACAAACUACACCUACCCAUCCGCUCCCCUCUCCUCGCCCCGCCCCGCCCCGCCCCGCCCCACCACCGUCCAGGCCGCCCGGCUGAUCGAGGCCGCUCAGGCCAGUGGUGGCUGGGUGGUGCUCCAGAACUGCCACCUGGCAGUCAGCUGGAUGCCCACCCUGGAGCGCCUGUGCGAGGGGCUGUCACUGGAAAACACAUCACCCGCCUUCCGCCUGUGGCUCACCUCCUACCCCUCACCCGCCUUCCCGGUCAGUGUACUGCAAAACGGCAUCAAGAUGACCAACGACCCGCCCAAGGGUCUCCGUGCCAACCUGCUUGGCUCCUACCUGAGUGACCCCGUCAACGACAACUCCUUCUUCGAGGGCUGCUCCCGACCAGCCAUAUUCAAGAAGCUGCUGUUCGGUCUCUGCUUCUUCCAUGCCUUUGUGCAGGAGCGGCUCAAGUUCGGUCCCCUCGGAUGGAACGUGCCGUACCAGUUCUCCGCCCCCGACUUCGUCAUCUCCGCCCGCCAGCUGCAAAUGUUCCUCAACGAGAUGUCCCCCGCCCCCGGGGACGCCUCUCCCAUACCCCUGCCCGCGCUGCGCUACCUCACCGGCGAGUGCAACUACGGCGGCCGAGUCACCGACGCACACGACCGCCGCACCCUCAUGUCCAUCCUGGACAUCUUCUACUGCCCCGCAGCGCUGCAAGACGGCUACUCGUUCUCACCGUCGGGACGGUACUAUGCGCCGCCGGAGGGCCUCGUGGACGCGUACUUGUCGUACAUCCGCGGAUUGCCGAUUCAGGCGGAGCCGGAGGUCUUUGGUCUGCACGCCAAUGCGGACAUCACCAAAGACCAGCAGGAAACAGAUCUGAUGCUGUCUUCGCUGCUGGCGGCAUCGUCUGGCGGCGGCGCUGGCGGCGGUGGCGGCGGCGGCGCGUCGGAGCGCGACGCCGUGUUGGCGGAGGUGGCGGCGGACAUCACGAGUCGGGUACCGCAGCCGUUCGACAUUGAGGCGGUUCGCUUCAAGUACCCCGUGGACUACUACGAGUCCAUGAACACGGUGUUGUGCCAGGAGCUGGUGCGGUUCAACAGGCUGCUGGAGGUGAUCCACGACAGCCUGGCCGCCCUUCAAAAGGCCCUUCGCGGCCUCGUGCUCAUGAGCUCCGACCUGGAGGCGCUAGGCUCGUCCAUGUACGAUGGCCGUGUGCCCAAGCUUUGGAUGGACAAGAGCUACCCCUCCCUGAAGCCCCUGGCCCCCUACGUGGCCGACCUCAUAGAGCGGUGCCGCAUGAUGUCCGAGUGGGUGGCGCACGGGCCCCCACCGGUUUUCUGGAUCAGCGGCUUCUACUUCACACACGCCUUCCUGACGGGCGUCAAACAGAACUACGCGCGCAAGCACCGCAUCCCCAUUGACACCAUCACCUUCAACUACGCCUGCUUGGCUGGACAUGUGGAACAUUACAAGGUGCGUGUGUAUCUAUUUAUGUAUGCGUGUGUGUAUGUAUGUACAUAUUCGUGCAUGUUGUUUGGUAUCUGUGUGUGUGUUCUGUUCAGCCCCGCCCCGCUGAUGAAGCUAUCCCCGUGUGACGUGGCGGACCAAGCCACCUUCCCGCACUACGAGUGCCCGCUGUACCGCACCCCAGAGCGCCGCGGAGUGCUGGCCACCACCGGCCACUCCACCAACUUCGUCAUGGAGCUCAUGAUUCCCUCCGACCAGCCGCAGGACCACUGGAUUCGGAGAGGAGUGGCGUUCCUGUUGUCACUGGCGGACUAG